GUAAAAGAUGUGGACCACGCAAAGACAAUGAAUUUAAGGCCAGGCUGGAUUACUGUACGGAAGAAAGUGAAAAUAAGUAAUUCAAGCAACAAAACUGAAAAUUAUAGUGCCAUGAUGUGAGGAAAAAUACCACUGAAAAGCAAAGUGAGAAAAAAAGAAACAAUAGAUGACCCAGACCCAGACACCAGCAGGUCCCAAGAAGAAGAAGAAGAAAACUUGGCUUGGGGGUGUUGGCGGGACGCGGCGAUAAAAUUAUUAUUCCUGAAGCUGUGAAUCCAGUCAGAGAGGAGUUGCUGAGGCCGGCCUUGGUGAUCAUCCUUCUCAGCAAAGUGAUCAUUAGCAAUCAUGUCUGGCGAGUUGCUUUGGCCUAAGAGAGCAGUGAUUUCCCUCUGUGGGUUGGUUCAGUCUCACAAAAGCCUUUGGGACCCCGGCCAUAAGGAUUAUGCCAGGAGUAAGGUGCGGAAAAAGAUUUACGAUGAAUUGGCUGAGGAACUCAAGGAAAUGUACCCAGCGAUGACCUUCUUGACCGGAGAUAUAAUUCGUCAAAAGUUCAAGAAAACUAAAGCAUAUUUCAUGAAUGAGCAUAAGAGGAUUCAGACAGCAUUGGCCAAAGGGGAGGGCAAGACAUCCUGCAAGUGGGAGUACUACAACCACCUCCUGUUCCUGUUUGAUGUGUCUGUGAGGGGCACUUCAGAGUCCCCGUGCCGUGAUGCAUCACCGUCUCCAGAACGAGGUGAACCACCCCAGGAAGGCACUGAGAUGGUGGUAGAACACAGAGUGAGUUCCAAUGACAAUGCUCCAUACACUGACCCGCUGAAUAUAGCCCUCCAGAGGGAGUUAGUUUUUGAGACACCUGAGGAGAACCACUGUUACUUAGCCACAACACACAUGUUACCAUCCUCCUCCUCUGUCCAGGACAGCCCAGCACAGCCACCAAGAGGAUCUAAGGCUGCAGAGUUGUCUUACUCUAGAUUUAAGAGAAGGAAAACUCACUAUGAUCAAGGCACAAAAAGCUCCCAGUAUGAUGAAGGCACUGGGGUGGCAGAAAUGGUGACGUCUCACCGGACACCACAGCUUUCCUAUGCAGCCUCCAUAGCCGGUGUAGUCGAAAACUUGAUUAAAAUGUGUCCUGCAGAGCAACAGCAGGAAUUUGGGUUCACCAUUUUGCAGGUUGCACAUGAAAAAUAUGCAGAUGCAAAAAAUAAAAAUGAUGCUCUAUCAAGUACCCCCCCAAAUAUAACUAUACAAGUGGGCAGUGUGGAAGGAAGUGGUAAGUUUUAAAAUAUAGAAGUGUGGAAGGAAAUGCUAAGUUUUAUAAUAAAGAAUUUUGAAUACCAAGUCUCUUUCUUUGCAACAUUUCCUCAUUGAAAAAUAACUUUUAGUUAAUUUAAGGAAAAGGUUGAAGCAUACAAUAUGGUUGUGUGUGGCCUCAGUGCUCAUCUUUGUUUCUUUGGCUCUUGAGUCUGCAGUGGGUAAAAGUCUGUUACCCCAGGACACAGAAUAAGUAUGACAACCCAAGUCUCCUCAGGUUUCCACCGUUACCCAAUUAUCGAUCGGCCCCAAAAGAUAGAUGAACAGUAUGGAAAAGAGGCACCAGUAGGUGGAUGUAAUUACACACACACAUUUUUCACUUUCUUGAAAGUUGAAAAAUCAGACUGGAUAAGGUCACAAGUGGUGUGCCACAGGGAUCAAUGUUAGCACCUAUGAUGUUUUUAAUAUACAUAAAUGAUAUGCUAGAAAAGUAAAGUUACAUGAGUAUGUUUGCAGAUGAUGCCAAACUGGUUAGAGAUGAUGAUGAGUGGAAAAAGCUGUGGGAAGAUUUGAAUGAGAUACAUAAAUGGAAUGGGACAUGGAGUUUAACAAAAGGAAAUGUCACAGUGAAAAUGGAAAAAAGUAAAAAUAGACCUUGUGAAGUGUAUAGGAUUGGAGGGACUAUCAAUGACUCAGUGAAUGAAGAAAAAGACUUAGGAAUUAUAAUACAAGAUACACUGACACCUGAUAAGCAUAUAAAUAAGAUAUUCAGAGAAACAUAUAGUAUGCUGCAAAAUAUUAGAGUGGCAUUUCAGUGCUUAGAUGAGGACAUACGAAGAAAAUAAUAGCAACAUUGAUUGGACCAAGGUUAGAGUAUGCAUCGGUUGUUUGGUCACCACACAGAAAAUAGGAUAUAAGGAAACUCGAAAGGAUUCAAAUGAUUGCAACUAAGAUGGUACCAGAACUAUCGAAUCUCAUACGAGACUAGAUUGGAGCAACUUGGCCCACUAACACUUGAAGAAAGAAGAGAAAGAGGAGCCUGGUUAGCAUUGCACAGGAACACAAGUGGAAUGGAUAGGAUAGGAAUGAUUUAAUUGAGAUGGAAGGGAGGAGGCAACUAAGAGGACACAAGAAAUUGACAAAGAUGAUUUGUUUGAAAGAUAUAAAGAAGAACAGUUUUCCAUUCAGGAGUGUGGAUACAUGGAAUGGGCUAAACAAAGACAUUGUUGAAGCAGGCAGUGUCCCUAAAAUGAAGGAAAAAUUGGGCAAAUAUAGAUUGGGAGACAGGACUACCCAAGCUUGAGCUCAGGUCCUGUAUACUACAAAUAGGUAAAUAUACACACACAUACAGGCUUGAGGCUUGAGGCUUGAAGAAACAAGCUCACUAGCAAGGGAAAGAAAACACUCAAGAGAUGAAAAGAAAACAUAAUUGACCUAAGGAUCUAUACACAAUGUCACGAGCAUAUAAAAAUCAAGAUCAGCUGAUAGAUGUAAGGACAUGUAGUAACGUCAUUUGACAGGUGGACUACGGCCAGUGUACAAAACUCAAAUGUAAUUACAAUAAUCAGUAGUCAGACCAUUAACUUGGGGAGAGGAAUAUGGCCAUAAGACACUUAAAAAGCUAUAUAUUCAAGUUCUUAGCUAAUGUUCAGUACAUUCAUUCCAAUCCCAUUUAACAUCUUUUAGGGUGAAUAUUUUCAAACUAUCUGAAUUAUCUUACAUCUUUAUCAGGACUGCUUGUUAACCCUGUCAUGACUAGGGAUGCCAAGGGGGGUUUCCUUGCAAGCUGAGUUAUUGUUGAGAUCCAUAAAAGAGCAUUAGAGAAAAAAAAUGAAGACCCAAACAGAGUCCCCUGGCAUUGACUCUUACUUACCUGAAGGAAGAAAUACAAAGAAAUAUGAUUACCAUGUAUCUUAAAAAGCUCUUUGUUCAAUCUUUGGAUGAUGAGUGAUGUUGAGGGUGUCGGAUUGCAGUGAUGAGAAACGCCUCAGCCCGUCCAGCCCUAUAGGGGAAGAGGACUUUAAACUAGAAGAAGAAGAAACAUCAUUACACUGCCAAAUACGACCUUAGCACCUAGCCAUCAAGAUGAGAGCCGUUUUUCUUGCAGCCGGCUAUGGGACAAGACUGGACCGUGACCUUCAGGAUGACGAGAGUGGUCAGUAUAGUCACCUUGUGGGAACACCUAAGCCUCUGCUGCCUGUCGGGGGACUGCCACUCGUCACUCACUGGAUCAGAGCCUUCGACCAAGUCCCCAAGAUAACGAGUGUGGUGGUGGUAGUGAAUGACCUACACAAACCACGGUACGAGGCAUGGGCUGAGGGGUUGACAAGGAAGGUGGGGAUCGUGAGUGAUGGAUCGAGGAGCAACGAGGAGAGAAGUGGAGCUGUGGCCUGCAUGAUGAUUGGUUGUGAGGGAGAGCAGGAUGAUACUCUGUUUGUGGCAGGAGACACAUUGCUACCUAAAGACUUCUCCCUGAACACACUGGUGGACAAAUUUGAGUCCCUCCGUGCGCACGACGAGAAAGCUUGUGUCGUUCUGAGUGCUCCUGUCGCUGAGGAAAAUGUCUCAAAGCAUGGCAUCAUUGAGGUUGGUGAAGGGGACCGGGUGAUUAACUUUCUGGAGAAGCCCGACCCACAGGACACAACCUCCAGGCUUCAGUGUCCUUGUGUCUACCUUAUGUCCUCCGGGAGUCUACAGCAUCUCAAGGACUUUCUGGAGGAGACUCGCACAAAGCCCCUGAGCUGCCGCGAUGCCCCGGGCCUGUUUGUGGGUGUCCUUAUCCAGCGCGCGCCGGUCUUUGCGCACCACGUCACACACCGCUAUGAUGUGGGGGGCCUGCUGUCCUACCUUGAGUGCUGCCGGGACUUUCUGCAGGCUUAAGGUUAGGCUGGGUAGUCUGCCUGAUGUUAUAUUCACUGUCUUACUUACCAACCACAGGCUCAAGGGUCAAAGUGACAGAGAUGAGCACUGAGGUAAUUUUUUUCUCAAUUCUCAUAUAGUACAUAUAUAUUUAUCUGCAUGCAUUUAUUUUAUUAAUUUUCAUUUGCUUAUAUAUUUAUGUUUACUUGUUAUGUGUAUGCUUUUAUGUGGUAGUGUGUUUAUGUUAUAGUUCAUGUAUGUAUAUUUUUCUUUAUAAUUUGUUUAUAUAUCUCCAUGCAUUCAUUUUAUCAUGUGUUUAUGUGGUGCAGUGGUCAAUGUGCCUAGCUAUGAAUCUGUGGGCCCAAUUCAAAUCCUGCCUCAGGCAGUCGGUGUGCAGCUCACCCAGCUGUUCAUCCUCACUUUCGGGCAGGUCGAAAAGUGAGUACCUGGGGAAAUCUGGGGAAGGUGAACUGUGUUCUAUCAGUUUUUAUUAAUUUAUAUAUUUAUGUGUACUUACUUAUUAUGUGCAUGAUUUUAUGUAGUAUAUUUUGCAUUGGUUGGCAGACCUACCUCAUUCUGUGUUGUUAUGUUAAGUUGAUUAAAGAUAUUUUUUU